AUGGCGCCAAAAUACUACCACAACGACGAGGCAUGGGCAGACAUCGAGCCUCUCCCACAAGACGACGGCGGAAUGCACCCGCUGGCCGCGAUCGCAUACACGGAGGAGUACAGCGAGGCCAUGGGCUACCUGCGCGCGGUAAUGGCGAAGAACGAGUUCAGCGACAGGGUCUUGGGGCUCACAGAGCACAUUAUUGGCAUGAAUCCAGCGCAUUACACUGUGUGGCUCUACCGCGCCAAAACAAUCUCCCAGCUCGGAAAGCCACUGAAAGAUGAAAUCGCCUGGCUCAAUCCCACCGCGCUCAAACAUCUCAAGAACUACCAGAUCUGGCAUCACCGACAGACCAUCAUCGAUGCGCUCGGCUCGUCCGAAGGGGAAUCCAAGUUCGUAAAUACUAUGCUGGAGCAGGACUCGAAGAACUAUCAUGUGUGGAGCUACAGGCAAUGGCUGGUGAAGCGCUUCGACCUGUUUGACAAGCCUGAGGAGCUGGCGUGGACGGAAAGCAUGAUUGAUGCGGAUGUGAGGAACAACUCUGCCUGGAACCACCGGCACUACUUGGUCUUUGGACGCGGAGAGAAGCCAAGCGAGGAGGUCGUAAAACGAGAGCUUGAAUAUACCAAAACCGCCAUCCGCAAAGCACCCCAGAACCAGAGUCCAUGGAACUACUUGCUCGGCAUCGUUCGUGCCGCGCAACUUCCAAAGUCGACACUCAAGGAGUUUGCCCUCGAGUUUGCGGACUUGCAAAGGCCAGACGAGAUCUACUCAAGCCAUGCGCUUGAUCUUCUCGCAGACAUCUAUGCAGAGGAUGGUGGUAAAGACGAAGCAGAGAAGGCGUUGAGUCUGUUGGCGACAAAGUACGAUCCCAUCAGAGCGAAUUACUGGAAUUUCAGAAAGGGCCUGCUGGCAGAGCCGAAGCUCACAGCAGCGUAG